AUGGGAGAAAGUACUAAAGGGGAUAACAACGCAGGAGAAAGAAUAACAGGAGAAGCAGCAAGUGGACUCAAAACCAUCGGAGGUACCAAUGAGAGAGGGCUGAGUAUAGCCGGACUAAAGAUGCCAGGUGAUAGCACAAACGGGGACAUGGCUACUGGAGAAAGAAUGAUGGGAACGAAUGCGAACGGGACAGAAUGA